AUGAAGAUUGACGAAAUCAUCCAUAACGAGCCUCCGCGACUGCUCAUCAUCUUCGACAAGGGCCAGGAAGGGAUCACGCGCGUCGUUGCAGACGUCUUGGGGCAUACAUAUCGUCUCCUCGACCGACUAGAUGGUGCUCCUGCGUGGUCGGAUGAAGCUGUGCUUGGGCUAGAGAAUGACUUGAUUCCGACGCCGGAGGAGUCUUUGCGAAACAUACAAAGGACACUCAUUACGACUCAUUGCAUCGAUUUGCAGGACUGGAGGCACGAAUAUUUCACUUCUUUUUGCGACUAUGAAUACCUUUACACCAAGGCCACAUCCAUUCGGCGAGACAUGGCCAGAUUCCUUGGAUUCGUGCUUGGACAGAACAAGCCCCACGAAGACUUGAGGAGGAAACAGCGAACCACGUUGCUGUCCACCACCUUUCCCGACAUCCGCGCAGCGUUGCCCAAUCUUGAUAUUCUUUCAGUUGGAGCUGACUCCGUCGAGUUACGCGUGGACCUUUUGAGAGAUCCAUCCAACGAGAAAGAGUUCGGAUCCGUACCUAGCCUGAAAUACGUUGGCGAACAGGUCAUGCUCCUGCGUCAACGGACAGAGCUUCCCAUCAUAUUCACCACUAGAAGUACGAAAGAAAACGGACGUUUUCCGAUGGAUGAUCCCGGCUUAUACUACACGUAUCUCUACAAAGCAAUACAAUGGGGUUGCGAAUACAUCGAUGUUGAACUAUGGCUGCCCGAAGACAUGCGACGCAAACUCGCAGCGGAGAAAGGCAAUAGCAAGAUAAUUUCCGCCUGGCAUGAUUUCUCUGGCCGGUGGACAUGGACUUCACCAGACGCUCAUCGGCUGUUCAAAGAGGCCGCCGUCUAUGGCGAUAUCGUGAAGAUGAUCGCGCUGGUGAACACCAUGGAAGAUAACUACGAGCUAGAGCACUUUCGCUCAACUAUCCAGAACUCGUAUUCCCAUCCUCCAUUGUCAGGACUGAACAUGGGCUCGGUGGGACAACUAUCACGAACUUUGAACAAGGUGUUCACACCGAUCACACAUCCACUACUCCCUAUGAUCGCAGCGCCGGGCCAGCUGAGCGCGGCCGAGAUCAAUUCGAUGCUGCAUUCCAUGGGACAGAUGUCGCAGCUCGACAUGUAUGCAAUUGGGCACGUCAGAACCAACGGACACGCUAUGUUCUUCGAAAAAUGCCUCAAUGAGCUCAGUCUGCCCCAUCGACUGCUCACCGUCGAACACGAGCCCUGUGGGUCGAUUGAGUCAAUCAUCACCAGGUCCCGCUUCGGUGGUGCUUAUAUCAAUCCCCCACAAGCAGUCGACGAAGCGCCUUACUUACCCACGCUUACAGAAGCAGCAUCAGCCAUCGGUCAAGUAGAUACAAUCGCUCUUCGGACCAGCAAUGGAACGAAAACACUCCUUGCCGAUAAUGUGACGUGGAAGGGUGUCAGAGCCACAUUGACGAGAGACUUCGUACCAAGUGCCUACUCGGGGAGAGCGGCUGUUGUCAUUGCGAAUACAGAAGCAUCGGCAGCUGCAGCAAUAUACGCAUUGACCAGCCUAGACAUCGGACUGAUAUUCACCAUUGGAUUCCAGGCCAGCGGUCACCAGCAACUGCUCGGUCUUAUAGACUUGAAUAAUAUCGAGCAGCCUUUCGCCGUCAUCUCGGCUUUACCAGCAGAGAAAUCCGUGGCUGCGAUUCCCGUAUUGAAACACUUGAGCAGAAGUCCGCGAGAGCAGUCCAAUCGGUCUGGCAAGAUCUUUGUGGAUCUGUCGAACGGUAUCAAGGGUAAUGGCGACUCCGUCUCGGUGGCCGAUUCUCUGGGCUGGGCUUCAUACCCGUGCUCAGACUAUAUCUCUUGGACAAUCGUGGAGAUGAUCCGCUGCUUGGUAGGCGAGAACGUUCCUUGGGAUUUUGUGAGGCUUGCAGCUGGCAGAGGCCUUUACACAUGA